AUGAAUAGGAUUCAGAAAUUACUAUUCUCAGAAUACAGUGAACUUGAAGAACUCGUUUUGUUAGAAAGCCCUUUCGCAGAAACCGAGAGGAACGGUAACGCCAUACGUCAGGUUCAGUUAGGACUGACUCCAAGAAAUCUCAUUAUUGCUGGAGAUAUGAUCACACCUGCAGAUGAGGUGGAAAUUGGUUAUUGCUUGGGACUAGAUCCAGAAAUUGAAACACUGGAACUAAUUUCUAUUAUACCAGUUGAGUGUGUUAAUCUUAGUGUUUUCAGCAGAAGGAAAAGGCGUACACUCAAAGCUCAUUUUUGUAAUUCUGUAAUUAAAUAUUAUGAACUUGGAGGCUCAGAACAUCGUAAGAUGUUCUGGAAUCUAUGGUGUGAGAAAGUGAGGUUUUUGUCCCCCAGUGAAGAUUUCUCAUGUCUGUCAGAAACAUCAGCUGAAUCUUCGUCAUCUGAAAGCAGCCUCUUUAUCAAGUCCAAGAAACAUACAGUUUCUGAGUCAGGGAAGCACAGACUAUGGUGUCAGUUUGGAAGGGGCCAAGCCAAAGAUGAGAAUGUAACUGCCCAUGAAGAACAAAGUAUAGUGUCUGAUAACCAUGUCGCAGAACUUCUUCCAGUCAACAGAAGUGUCCUCCGAGGAACAUCAUUAACUGAAAUACGGGUGAAUUUUGAGGAGUCAUUCCAAAAGCAGUGCAGAAAUAAUGGUGUUGGUGAUGAUGAUGAUGAUGAUGAGGAUGAUGAUGGUGACCUAUUAAGAAGCUGUGAAUAUUGUAAAUAUUCAAAUACUGUGUCAUUUUAUGGGAAUACUUUACACGCCUUGGUGAUUGAGUUGCUGAAGCUGAGGCUAUUUGGAACAAAUUAUUAUGUCUGUGAUGAUAGCACUCUACAAUAUUUUAAACGGAAGCUGAAGAAGAAUCUGAAGUUAACAGUGUGGAACUUUAAUUCAACAACAUUAGCUUAUCAGCUAACUAUGAUUGAUAGAGAUCUAUUUUGCAAGAUUGAAGAAAUUGAAAUUGAAAUCUUAUUAAAGCAGCAUUCAGCCAGAAACACUCCCAACAUAGCAACAAUCAUCGCAUUCUCUCAUAGAAUAUCUUGCCUUGUUGCUACUGAUAUUCUUGAACAACAGAAUUUAAAAACAAGAAGCCUCCUGAUUGUACGGUUCAUCAGUGUAGCACAAAGGUGUGAUACCCUUCAAAACUUUCAGUCAUGUCAUAGUGUACUGGAAGGAUUACAAAGCCCAGCCAUUCAUAGACUCCAUAAGACCUGGGAACGUGUUCGCAAGGAAUAUCCAUCAAAAUACUGCUUGUUUGAAACGCUCUGUCGUAAACAUCGAGAUCCACGACUGCCUGCAUACCAGAAGGCAUUUUAUCAGGCUAGUCUGAAGCCUCCAUUUCUACCUUUCAUUGGAGAUAUCCUAGCAAGAGCUCUGAGAAGAGUGCCUAAUUUUCCCUUAAAACUCUUGUCAAAAUCUUCACAAGAAAGUUUUACAAAUUUCAAUGCCUCAGGAGUACAAGAAGUGGCAGCAGCUGGUACGAGGACAGUGGAUACUACAGAAACAGCACACAGUCCUUCACGAAAAACUCGCUACAUUCAUUGUUUUCGGCAGUUCUUUUCCUUCUUCCAUAUUAUUUCAGUGGCCUCUGUUAAUUCGAUUACAGAUAAUAAAAACAGUGAAGUUUCACAACGUGAAUUACCUAGCCCCAGGAAAUUGGAAGUGAAUAAUACGCAGGUGACAAAUAUUCAGACAUGUUGCUUGCUGCCAAACAAUGGAAACGGUGAAGUUCUGUUUAAAAAUUUCAAUCCAGGAAAUAUACCAUCUGCACUACACCCCAAUUAUAGUGUGCUAAAAGUAGGUGGUGUCAUACAUUUACUAGACUGGUAUAAGAGAGGCGCAAUGGUGUAUGAUUUUACCCCUGAUAAACUUGCAAGGGAUUAUUUGUUAAAGUCCCAUUAUCAAGAGGAAAAAGAAAACUACUUGCUCUCCACAAAGCUUGAAACUACAACUAACAGUGAUCAACAGUAA